UAGUGUAUAGCAUGUCGUAUGUGUUGUAGCUGGCUGGGCUUGGAAGGAAGCUCUCCUUUCUCGGUGCUUUGACCAGAAGAGAUAGAGAGAGAAACGGCGGGGCGUCACUGCGUCAGCCGCCUAGUCGGUUCGGUUUGGUAUUUCAGGCCACGUAGAGAGAGAGAGAGAGAGAGAGAGAGAGCUAUUCCUCUCACCGGACACCGCUCUCCAACCCCCAACUCCCAACGCGAACCAGCAUUUGGCCGCGAUCAGCAAAACCUCAAUCUGUACAUUCAUCAUCUAUAUAAUCCGCAUAGCAAUCUCCUCUUAGAUCCAGCUCUUCGUCUUCUUUUUCUCCUUCUCUCUAUCUUGUUUGACUUUAAUUGACUUGGCUACAUCUGCUUAGAGUAGGGAAAGUUUGGUCAAGAACGUAGUCAAGCUCUGGACACAGACUUGAGACUGGUUUACUUGAAAUCCAGUUGUUGCGCUGAAUUGGUCUUAUCAUUGACUUCCACAAAGAGGGUCUGUUUUGUACUUUGAAGCAGGCAGCUCAUUUGGGAUAUGUACAUAUUUUGGUUCUUUUUGAUUUUUUGAUGGAAAGCUUGAGAUUAAAUUAGGUUAAGCUUAAUUACAGCAAGAUGGGUGGGCUUUGCUCAAGAAGGGCGACCGCCGAGGGUGCUUCUGCUGGUGGUCUUUCACAUGUCAAUGGCCACCUUAAUUUUGGUGCUGGGAUGGUUUAUCAGUCACGAGGAUUGCCCACACAAGUGAAUGCCAAUCCUACACAAUCUCGUGCUGUGGAAAGCUUGGAUAAGCAUCCAAAUGAUUCACCUUUUUCUUUCCCAGAGAUUGAUGCUAUUUCCCGUGGGGCCGAAAUGGAUGACAUCAAUGAUGGGAUUCCUCGUUUAUCUAGAACCCUCUCGCAGAAAUCUAGAUCCACGAGAUCCAAACAAGUGGCCAUGGCAAAGGUUUCAGAAGUGAGUUCACUUUUGGGGAGAGCUGGCGGGAAGGCUUAUGAUGUGUUGGACACACUAGGUAGCAGCAUGACAAACUUAAACCUGAGUGGCGGUUUUGCAUCCAGCAUGGCUACUAAAGGAAAUAAAAUAUCAAUUUUGGCUUUUGAAGUUGCGAACACUAUUGUCAAGGGUGCAAAACUUAUGAACUCCCUUUCAAGUGAGAACAUUAAAAACUUGAAGGAGGUUGUGCUACCCUCAGAAGGGGUGCAACGUUUAAUAUCGAAGGAUAUGGAUGAACUCUUGAGAAUUGCUGCAGCAGACAAGAGAGAUGAAUUGAAAAUAUUUUCUGGAGAGGUGAUUCGCUUUGGAAAUCGUUGCAAAGAUCCUCAGUGGCACAACUUGGACCGUUAUUUUGAGAAGUUGGAAUCAGAACUCACACCCAACGAACAACUGAAAGUAGAAGCAGAAGGGGUGAUGCAGCAGUUAAUGACAAUGGUUCAAUAUACUGCCGAACUAUAUCAUGAAUUGCAUGCCUUGGACAGAUUUGAGCAGGAUUAUCGGCGUAAAGCUCAAGAAGAUGAUAAUUCAAGUGCUGCCCAGAGAGGAGAUGGCCUUGCAAUCUUAAGGGCUGAGUUGAAAAGUCAGAAGAAACAUGUAAAAAGUUUGAAAAAGAAGUCUCUUUGGUCAAAAAUAUUGGAAGAGGUGAUGGAGAAAUUGGUGGAUAUUGUUCAUUUCCUGCAUUUGGAGAUUCAUGCUACCUCUGGAAGUGCUGAUGGGGGUAAACCAAUAAAAAACCACCACCUAAGGUUGGGAUCUGCAGGUCUUGCAUUGCAUUAUGCAAAUGUUAUCACUCAGAUUGAUACACUUGUUACUCGAUCGGGUUCAGUGCCACCUAAUACAAGAGAUGCUCUUUACCAAGGUCUGCCACCAAACAUAAAGUCUGCUUUGCGAUUCAAGUUACAGUCAUUCCAACUUAAAGAGGAGUUGACAGUCUCUCAAAUAAAAUCUGAAAUGGAGAAAACAUUGGAAUGGCUUGUACCUAUGGCAACCAAUACAACCAAGGCACAUCACGGCUUUGGAUGGGUUGGAGAAUGGGCAAAUACAGGGCCUGAGAUGAAUCGGAAAUCUGCUGGGCAGACUGAUCUACUUCGAAUUGAGACACUUUAUCAUGCAGAUAAGGAGAAGACUGAAACCUAUAUUCUUGAACUUGUGGUGUGGUUACAUCAUCUUGUUAGUCAGUCAAGAUCUUCCCCUAAUGGCAGCGUUAGAUCUCCCGUAAAAUCUCCAAUCCGGUCCCCUAAUCAGAAGACGAUUCAGUUGUCAACCCAGAAGCCAAACUCUCCAUCUCCCACAUUGACAGUCGAAGACCAAGAGAUGCUUCGCGACGUAAGCAAGAGGAAGCUAACGCCAGGAAUCAGUAAAAGUCAGGAAUUUGAUACAGCAAGAACCAGAUUGAGCAAGCACCACCGCCUGACCAAGAGCAGCAGCCAUUCACCUAGUACAAGCGAGAUCAAGAAAGACCCUUUCCCCAUCAGGCGACCGUCUUCUGUUCCUGUUAUAAACUUUGACAAAGACCGAACCAAAGCGUUGGACAUCAUUGACAGAGUGGACACAAUUCACAGCAUUUAAUUGAACGACAGACGGGGCAGCUUCACUAGCUUCAACAGGCAGGCUUUCGUAAAUCGUAAGAAACAUCAUUUGUUCUGUCAUCUGUGCCAUCAGAUGCCAGAUCUACAUGAAGUGGAAAUUCUGCCUUGAAGAUUCGUGAUCCUUGUCACCGGGUUUUUGGUGACUGUGAUGAGUUAAAACAAUGUUUCUGCUGUUAUAUUCCUAUUCCGUUAUUUUUUUUCUUCUUUCUUUGUUGGGAGAAAAGGGCGUUGUUAGGUCUUGUUGGGUGAAGAAAUAUUACUUUAUUUACAUGUAUAGAAUUUUCCCUUUUUUGUAAGCUAGAAGUUAAUUUAACUAUUACUGUUUUUUUGGUCCUCUGUUCAUUAAUCAAUAAUUAUAUUAUACAA